AUGCGAAGUUCUCGACCCAGUAAAAUCCUAAUUAGUUCUCGAUUGAAAACCCUUCUUUUCGUCCCAUCUAUUGUAUUUCUGAUUCUUUAUCUGUCAUCUUCCUCGUUUUCUGGUCAUUCAAACACUAGAAUCUCAUCACACGAUGAUCAAGAAUCGACCUACGUACCCACUUCCCUUGAUCAUAUCGUUUUUGGGAUUGCAUCCACCGUUAAUGCAUGGCCAAAAAGGAAAGAAUAUGUUAACUUGUGGUGGAACCCUGAUACAAUGCGUGGUUGUGUGUUCAUGGAUGCUCCAUUGGAUAAUGACACCUUACUUGAUUAUGAUUUUGUCUUCCCUCCAAUUUGCAUCUCCAAUGAUACCUCAAAGUUUCAUUAUACAUGGAAUGGUGGUCUUCGGUCUGCUAUCCGUGUUGCCCGUGUUGUAUCGGAAAUUGUCGCCUUAAAUCAUUCAAAUGUUAGGUGGUUUGUGUUUGGGGACGAUGAUACUUUGUUCUUUCCAGAGAACUUGGUGAAGACAUUGUCGAAAUACGAUCAUAACCUAUGGUAUUAUAUCGGAUCAAAUUCAGAGAGUUAUGUGCAAAACCGACAUUUUUCAUUUUCUAUGGCGUAUGGUGGGGCCGGAUUCGCGAUAAGUUAUCCAUUGGCAAAGGUUUUAGCGAAGGUUCUUGACUCGUGUUUGGAAAGAUACGCGCAUUUAUAUGGUAGUGAUGGUCGGAUUUCAUCUUGUUUAGCUGAGCUGGGUGUUGCAGUGACCAUUGAACCCGGUUUUCAUCAGAUGGAUGUCACUGGAAACGCGUUUGGCUUAUUAAUGACACAUCCAAUGAAACCGUUGGUAUCUCUCCACCACCCGGAACGUAUAGAUCCAAUUUUCCCACACAUGGCACAAACAAACGCCUUACAUCACUUAUACGAAGCUGCAAAAGCAGAUCCUCAUCGAAUCCUGCAACAAACAGUAUGCUAUGAUCGUUGGUAUUCAUGGACAAUUUCGAUUUCAUGGGGAUAUGCCAUUGAGGUGUUUGGGGUUCAUGUUCUUCUACCAGAUGUCCUUCGUGUUCCUGUGACAUUUCAACCAUGGCAAGGGACUCAUACCUUUAAAACAUUUUUUAACUUUGAUAUGAGACAACAUCAUCUCGACCCUUGUAGAAGAGCGGUUGUGUUUCAUUUGGAUCGAGUGUACUCACAGAGAGAGGGGAUUACGAGUGUUUAUAGAAUCAUGGAAACACACAAUUGCACAUUUGGUAUGACUUCUCCAAGGAGAAUCCAAGAGAUCAAGGUGUAUUCACAAAAAUUAAAUCUCGACUUGAAACAAUUGCAGGCGCCUAGACGACAAUGUUGUGAUAUAUUGCCUUCAUCGUCAGAAAAAUUAAUGGAAAUCAACAUUAGGGCAUGUCAUGAAGAGGAACUAGUAUAUAAGCGACCAUAA